CGAGAAUUCGGGGCAGCAGAUCAUGGACUAUGAUUUGAACCUUUGCGAGGCGAACAUCAACUUUUUGAUUAAUUUCCUCGAAGAAACCAUGAACGCCCUCGAAUUGGAUGAGGUGAACACCCGGCAGAUGUAUUCCGGAACAAGCAGUAGCAGCUUUCUGAACAAAAACAAAUCGAAGGACGCUGCCGUCGCCUUCGCCGCGAGACGAACGCUGUCGGUUCACGCGGCCAACCUAAAGCACUUGGUGACGCGAAACGGGUUACAGAUGUGGCAGCUGUUGACGGGGAUUCUGCAACAGUACACGGAGAACCAGCUGCAGCGCGCGUUGAUCCGGAAAUUGGUGUUCCCCGCGACGCAGGGCAUCCUGCUGCUGAUCUCGGUUUUUGACAUUGAGCAGGAGGAAAAUUCAGUCGUUGACCCCGGUUAUUUCACGCCCGAGGAGCAAAUGAAGAUGGCAAGUAAAAAAGCACGCGAACGAAAUACAACUUCAUCCAAGAACAACUCUACUGCGAUGAACGAGGAUCCUGUUUCAACAGCCUCUGUGCCGGAAAAUAAUGGCGAAGACUCAAUAUCAAAUGUUUCUCCGGAACAAGAGGAAUAUGAGUAUCAUGUUUAAAAACGUCCCCACCCCAGCAUGGUUGUAAUGCAAAGCUGCAUGCUGAUGAUAUUUCUCAUGCGGAGCCCAAUGAGAAACCUUUUCUAGUCGUAUUUCAGAAUUUGUCAUGCUCCAAUAAGCAUGAUAUGCUACAUCUGUGAUGCUUCUGAACCAGCUAAAUAGGAUCACACUACGAGGCCAAACUUGUCAUGGCGCAGUCUGUUUAUGUCAUGCACAACAGCCAAAGCUGGCUAAUUUGUAUAGCAGAUUGCCCAUCUUGACCACUAUGUUGCGAGGACGUCUUUACUCAGGAUAAUGAACCGGAAGACGUGGAUCCGGAUGACACUGGGCCGGACUUGCCGCUGACGAAGAACGCGGAGGUGCUGUUGCUCGUCCAGCAACUCCUGCCGAUUUUGCAUCGUCCGGCGCUUUGGGCCGAGGACUCCGAGCUCCGGUUGCAGUCUUUGUUCAUUUAUGAACUGCAAAAGUGUCGUACUAGUAUGAAUUGCAAUACAAACUGGCGCAGAAACACAAAUGUAAAUUUGUAUAAUGCGAAUUUACCUACAGCCACUAGAUUUGUACUGCAUAACUGCAAUUGGUACGACUACGAUACGUUUGCACUGGAUAUCAUCCUUUUAGCGGUGUCCGAAAAAGUGUUCACGCAAGUAAAUACGCCCGCGCUGCUGUAUCGGCGGCGAACAAUUUUUCGGUCGAAACGGGUGCGCAAACAGGCGGAACGGGAGGGAAAACUGCUCAACGCGGUGCGGGAUCAACUCUUUCAGAAAAUGCUCAUCCAAGAGCUGGUUACUGGGUACGAAUAUCCCGAUGCAUAAGUAGAUCCGAGUUUGUUCGCAGGCGCACAAAGCGAGAAACGAACAAAAUUUUGUACUACAGCAGCCUGCUUUUAGGACCACCUACUAGAGCUACAGCACAAAGUCUCGUUUGUGUUUAAAUCUUUGUUGUUGGUGUAGUUCAUAUCACUCCAAUGCAUAGAUCUACUUCUAUGCAGAUGAACUUUUUCGUUACGUCUGCGGCACACGAGGACGGCUUUCUAGUGCAUAGUCAUGAUUUAGGGCGACGAACCGAAAGGGAAAUUGUGGCUUUGUUCGACACCAACGGAGAGGAGGACAAGGUCGCCCACGGGCCGAGGCCGAAAAUGCACCGCAAGUGGGACCGAUUGACGAGCGACUUGGCGAAACAGCUGUUGUUGGUAAAGAUGGAGCUGGUUUCGCAAAUGUUCUUCUCAAACGCCUACCAAGUCCCGGUCGCCGACGCCGACAGGUUUCACUCCAAUCGAGGCGGUGGCGGGGGUGCUAGUACGGCUGGAACUCCAAGUAGUAGAGGGCAAAGCGAACAACAACAACACCAGCAGCAGAGGAGCAGUAGGCAACCUGAAGACGGCGAUAUGGCUGACACGGAAAUGGACGCAAGUCCAGUAGUAGUCGCGCACAGUGCAGCACCAGCAGCCACUUCUACAACACCACAGCGCGGCGCAACAAGCUACCAGGC